AUGGACGAAAUCUCCCCGAGGUCGCUGUCCAGCAUCGAUGAUGAUACGUUAAUUAUUAUCUUCAGUUUCCUGCCGGUGCAAUCGGUGCUCGCGAUAAGACAGACUUCAAGACGCAUGGUGGCGAUCUCACACACCCAUGCAAUUUGGCACAGCGCAUAUGUCCGUGAAAUACUUCUUGCUGGCCUGCCCUUCCCGCAUCGCGAGCUUGCAGUGAUGGACGCUUCUGAGCUGGAACACUGCGUCUGCCGGGCGAUACGAAUUGGUCGAUUCUGGCUCGAUCCCCUCGCACAGCCGCGUGACAUAACUGACUUCCAAGCAAGCUCUGGCACGGGAGUGUCGAAACUCUGCUUCCUCCCUGGUUACGGAGGCAGACGUAUCGCGACCGUCACCAAGGGAAUCUGGUCGGUCAUAGCAUGUUGGGAGGUGUCCUUGGGCAAGAACCCUCCUCAAUCCGCUAGCAUUCGCAAGGUGGCGGAAUGGUGCCCAAAGGGCAUGAUAUUUACUGGGUUUGUUGUCAACACUGAUGCUCACGCUGACGCCGUCGCGGCCACAUCUGUCACCGGUGGAAGCGAACAAUGCAUUGAGAUCCUCUGCAUUUCCGACGACCGAGCGGACGAUGGGCCUGCUACGAUCAAAUGUGUUCGGACGAUACGUACAUCUUUCCGGCCUAUUGCACUUGAAGGCGACAUGAUUGCGUAUAGCGACGAUUCUUCCGAGACGAGGAUCAUGGAUCUAAGGAGCGGUGCUCUUGCCAUUCUUCGCUCGGCGGAAGAACCUGUCGAUCAGCGAUUUCAGUAUAACAGAUGUUUGCAGGUUGUUUUUGCUUAUCGGAGCAUCCUGGUAGUUCGCGCUCGUUCGGUUGAGCUUUUCGAGAUGCCGGUCCUGCGUUCGAAUUCCGAAACGUUUUCGUAUCAUCCUCUGGCGAACCACUCAUUCGGGUGGAUAGAUGGUGUUUCCGUUAAAGUGCAAGCUUGCCCUUCUGAUGUCGACUCUGGUCCGAUCGAGCCAUUAUCUAUCUUGUUGAGAGCGGAAAGCGACGAUCCCUGGACAUCAGAUGUCCAUACCUUGGAUUUGUACACUCUAGAGCCCAACCCGCAAUACAUAGAAGAUCUGCGCAUUCUCCCCGUAGACGGUGCACAGGACGCUACUCCACCUUCGCUGUCGAUCGAUAGAACCAUCGGCCGCUCGCCCUAUCUGUUCCCGCCGAUGCAUUCAAAGCUUUCCUCGCCGUCCGUCCGUGGCAUCUUGCGCUGUACGGACAUCAUUCUGGGCCCAUAUGGGACGGCUGUUUGGAUUCAGCCUCGCCCUGCACACAGCGCCGAUCUCACCACAUUAGACGUUCACGCGUCCGAGACACAGGCUCCAAACACCGCAAUGAAGGCAACAGAGACACUAGCUGGGGCAGUUUUCGCAGGUCUGCUGCAGCGGGCUCAUCCAGACAUUGACCUCCGGGCGAGGACACUAUGGGCGCAGUUACCUGGAGCCAGCCAUUGGACGUCUUUGGAUUAUGUCGAAGAGUUGGGGCUUCUUGCCAUAGGCUCGUCCGAUGGGAGGGUGACUGUGCUGGAGCUAGGUUUGUAG